AUGGAAGUGCUCAUGAUAGGUCGAUUCCUCGGUGGUAUCUCAACUAGUAUUCUAUUUUCCGCUUUCGAGAGUUGGCUGGUUUAUGAGCACAACAAACGAGGUUUCUCGGAAAGUGCUCUUGCCACAGUAUUCUCUCAUGCAGCCCUCGGUAAUUCGGUGAUUGCCAUCAUCUCUGGAGUGGCUGCUCAGUUUGCCGCCGACGCCUUUGGAUAUGUAGCUCCUUUUGAUCUCUCGCUGCUUGUCUUAGCGGUUAUGUGUGUGUUUGUAUAUACAACCUGGGUUGAAAACUAUGGUGAUGAAAAAGCGCCGGUUCAUGAGAGCUUCUCGAAAGCAUUCCAUACCAUAAGGACCGGUGAGAGCAAUUUUAUCGAGUGA